CUAUAGAUAAAUGCGCGCAUAUGCAGAAAACAGAACGCAUUCAUACUUGUGUGUCGCUUUAUAGUUCUGAUCUGUUAUAACCAAGUUAUCAAUAUGAAUUCGAAGAAGAUCACUUUUGGAAAAAUUAGUAAUAAUUUAAAUAAGGUGACAUCCGAAACGCCUGGCGAAACAUCCAGCUUCGGAUUUGGCACGUUUGGCAAGAAACCUAAAGAGAUCAAUGUGAGAAAGAUGGACGAGAUCAAGCCAGAGGAUGAGGAAGAAACCCAAAGCAUGCAGAAGCUGAUGGGCAUCACAAGUUUUGGAAAAAAGGCAAAGUCGUUUGACAUACAAGAGAUGAUGGAAAAUAUUACUAAGACUAUUAAUAGUAACACAUACAUAGACAAAACAAUUGCGUCCUCAAAAGAAGAAGUAUUUUCUGAUGAAAAAGAAGUGAACAAAAAUAAAGAAUCUAAGAAAGAUAAAGAGGAAAGCGACAGUGAAGAUGACCUUAUUGGUCCACCAAUACCAUCAUCACUGUUUGCUAGUUCAGAAGAGAAAGAUUCAGAUGUGAAAGAAAAUGAAAAAGAUUCAGAAAAGAAAGAGAUCAAGAACAGAAGUAUUGACGAGGAUGAUGAAGAAUCGUCAGAUAACGAAGAAAAAGAAGAAGAAGAAGAAGAGAUAAUGUUGAAGGACAAGAUUCCUUGUUCUCAUGAAGUUUCCAUGAUUCACGGUACCAAAGCUGUCAUUGCUAUUGCUGCAGAUCCAUCUGGAGCUCGAUUAGCUUCGGGAUCUGUUGACUAUGACCUCUCCUUCUGGGAUUUUGCUGGGAUGGACACAUCCAUGAAGAGUUUUAGAACUCUGCAGCCUUGUGAAAAUCAUCCCAUCAAAUGUUUGCAGUAUUCUAUGACUGGAGAUGUAAUACUGGUAAUAUCAGGAUCAGCACAGGCAAAAGUUCUAGAUCGAGAUGGUUUUGAGAAAUGCGAAACUGUAAAAGGUGAUCAAUAUAUUACCGACAUGGCACGUACAAAGGGUCAUACUGCCAGUUUGAACAGCGGCUGUUGGCAUCCAUUUACGAAGGAAGAAUAUUUAACCUGUUCUCAAGAUAGUACCUGCAGAAUAUGGAGUUUGUUCAGGCCACGUGGUCACAAGAGCUUGAUAAAAUGUAGAGCUCAGAAUGGUGUGAAAACUGUGCCUACUACUUGUGCUUAUAGUCGGGAAGGUGCGGCUGUAGCAUGUGGGUGUAUAGAUGGAUCAAUUCAGAUGUGGGAUCACAGGAAGAACUUUGUAAAUCCAUCUCUUAUUCUGAGAAAUGCGCACAUGCAAAGUAGUGAGAUAUCAAGUCUAAGUUUCUCUUAUCUCGGACAGAUGUUGGCCAGCAGAGCUUGCGAUGACACUCUUAAAUUGUGGGAUUUACGGUCGUUCAAGCACCCAGUUUUUGAAGCCAAAGAAUUAUUCUCACGUUACGACACGACUGAUUGCAUGUUUAGUCCGGAUGACUCUAUGAUCAUUACGGGAGAAUCUUUGAGCAAAGGGAAAACAACUGGCAGAGUACUGUUCUACGACAGUAAAACAUUUGAUUUGGUCAGAGAAAUACCUGUGACCAACUCACACGUGAUUAAGACUCUGUGGCAUCCGAAAUUAAAUCAGAUAUUUGUCGGUUGCGGCAAUGGAAUUGUCAAAGUGUACUACGAUCCCAAGAAGAGCAUGAGAGGUGCCAAACUGUGUGUCGUUAAGACGCAUAUGAAGCAGAAACACAUCGAGAUAAUGUCCACUCAGCAAAUUAUAACGCCUCACGCGCUCCCAUUAUUUCGCCAGGAUAGACCUAAAUCUGUUCGCAAGCAGAUGGAGAAAGAUAGGAUGGAUCCAGUCAAAUCGAGACGUCCCGAUUUGCCCAUCACCUCUGGACAAGGUGGCAGAGUGGCGUCCUCCGGAGGAACUCUUAGUUCGUAUGUCAUACGUAAUCUCGGACUGAGCAAGCGAAUAGAAGACGAUCAAGAUCCCAGGGAAGCUAUUCUCAAGUAUGCAAAGAUAGCUGAGGAACAACCGUACUGGAUCGCACCGGCAUACAAAAAGACACAACCGAAAACAAUUUUCCAAAAUGAUGACCAAGAUAGCGGACCUAGUAAUAAAAAACAAAAGACUUAAAUGUAUAUUUUACAAGUUGUAUAUAUACUGUAUAUAAAACAUAUAUUUGCAU